AUGAGUGGAAGAUCAAUUAAGUGUUCAUAAAGUAGUUAAAGAAAAAACAAAACAGAACCUGAUAAAUUGAGUAGAUUUCAUUCUAGUGAUAUGAGAGGUACUUUGAAUGUUUUUAUUUAGGACCAUUUAAGUAUGAACCCUUAUAAAAUAUUUCUCAUCCUAUACAACCUGAUGAUGAUGUAUCUGUUAGAGAUCCAACUUUAAGGACUGUAGAUAAAUCAAGACUAUCACAAAUCUAAUCUUAAAAUAACUCUAAUCAAAUGGUUAGUCUACAAUCAAAGACUCCAUUUAGUGAAUAAGAUGAAAGUCCUUUUAUGUUGACAUUUCCAUAAAGAUAAUAAGAAACCACAAGAAAAAGAAGCAAAAGCAAAUUAAUUCUUUAUUUUAUAGAAAGAAUUAGAAAGAGAUUUAAAAUAGAUAGUAAAGCUAAAUAAUUUUAGUAUUUAUUUGAUUAAGAAAACAAUUCAAAAGAUUAUAAUUGUACAUAUUAUAAACUUAUAUAGAGGGACUUUGUUGCCUUCAUCAUGGCUAUUAUAAAGUUGGAAUUUGAUAUUUUAUAUAAUUUAACAUUUGAUGAUAGUAUAUGUACCUUUAUCAACAGCUUAAAUUAUAAGAGAUUUGAAUUACAUCUUUUUAUUAUUUAAAUUUAUUGAUGUUGGAAUGCAAUUAUGUAGUUCUUUUACAGAAAAUGGUUAAUUCAUUACAAAUUUUAAAUUAAUUUCAAUUAGAUAUAAUAAAUAAUUGUUGUUACAUGAUUCAGUAAUAAAUCUUAAAUUAUAAAUUAGAUCACAAUUAUAGGAUUAAUAUUCUUAAAUACUUUAGCAUAAAAUUUUAAAUUCUAUGUACUUACAGCAGUUCUUUUAAGUUUAAUAAAACGAUUUUAUGAAAUUGAAAUACACUUAAAAUUUGAAUUCAAUUUAUUUCAUCCUAUAAUAUUAGUGAUUAAUUCAUUAAUUAAAAUGAUUCUAAUUUUCCAUGUGAUCACUUGUUAUCAAUAUGGAUUAUUCAAUUAGUAUCAUGAAUAAUUUUCAACAUACUUAUCUGCUUUAAAUGUGAUUAUAUCAAUAUAUGCAUUCAAUUCUAAUUAUGUACCUACUGAAUAGGAUGAAUUAAUAUUUAAUAGUUUAAUUAAUUUUAGUUCAAUUAUUAUGUUUGCUUACUUUUUAACUUAAUUUGUGUAUUUAUUUAAGAGCAAUAGAAUAUCAGAAUAACUUAGUGAAUUCUUAGCUAUAAAUAAAUUAGAUUCCAAUUUAAAAUUCAAAAUUACUAAUCAUAUAUUUAAUUAACCAAAAUUUUAUCAUAAUUAAUUCGUAUCCAAAUUAUCUGGAUAAUUAUUAUAAGAAUUUAAUUACAUUUAAAGAUCUUAAUUACUUACUAAAUAUUUUAAAUUCUAUAAUCAACAUACUAUAAAUACACUUAUUAAUUAUUGUGAAGAUAUGAUUUGUUAACCUAAUUAAGUAAUAGUUAAUGAAUCUGAAUAUGAUGAUUGUUCCUUAUAUUUUAUUCUUGAAGGUAAUUUUAAAGUAGUCAAUAAAAUGGGAGUUUAAUUAUAAAUCUUAGGAGUAUUUUCAAUUUAUUAUUAUUAUAGUCAACAUAAACUUUUGGUGAAAUCUCUUUUUAUACUCAAUUACCCAGAUCUGCAACAGUAAUAAGUGAAGGAGUUUGUAGACUCUUAAGAAUUAGAAGAGAAAUCUUCCUUAAAUUAUUAACAUUUAGUGAUAAAGUAUUAAAAUCAAUCUUAUCUAUUAAGCAAUAUUUCUAUAAUGUUAGAGAUCGUAUAUUGAUUCAUAAGGAUUUACCAUGUUUAUGUUUCUGUUGUCAAUCAAGUGAUCAUCUUAUGACUAAAUGUCCUUUAUUGACCUUUAGACCAGAUAAAGAGAAAGUGAUUAAAACUUAUAUUUACCCUGUUAGGAAUCUUAGAAAAUAAUGUAAUAAAUACUAUAUAUUUUUAUUUAGAUCCUAGAAGAUAAAAUAAAGAAAUGAAAGCUUUUGAUUUCUUAAAAGAUGCAGAGGCUAAUCAAGAUUACUUAUUGUAAUUGUAUUCAGAUAACCAUUUUCAAUCAUCCAAUCAAUUUAGUUAAUCAAAUCUACCAUAUGAUGAUGUAUAUAUUAAAGAAUCUUAUGCUUCUGCUUAGAGUUUUAGUAGAGUAAGCAGGGAGAAAUCGUUGUUAAAGAGUACAUCAUUAUUAAAGGAAAAAUCUAUAUAUGAAUAAUAAUAAUCUUUGAUGAAUGAUGUGUAAAAGUAUAUCUUAAAUAUCUUUAAGAUUUUUGGAAACUGCAGACAAUCAAUAUAUUGUACAUUAAGGUGAAUUGGAUGAUGAUAAAUUUGUUAGUUUAUUGAGAAAAGAUUAAUAAAAGAAUACAUUUGCUACUGCUGGCUUUGGUAAUCCAGGUCAACAAUCAAUUAAAGAUCAAAAAUCAUUGAAUGUUAUUAUAGAAAAUGAAAGUUCAGAAAAUUCACCUUCUUUAGAGAAUGUAUUAGAAUAAGGCAAUUAACCUUAAAGAUUUAAAGAUCCUAAAUUAACUUUCAAUUAUAAUUUUGAUAAUUAGAUGAGUGAAUUAUAGACUAAAUACUAAUAAUAUUAGAGGAAUGCUUCAGAAUCUUUUAAUAAUUCUGUUCUUAGACAAGAAAAUAAAUAAAAUUCAAUCAGAUAAAAUUCUUCAAGAUCUCAAACUUAUAGUCCUAUUACUUCUAAUAAUAUUACUGCUAAUUCACAUCGUUCUUAAAUCAAAUAAAAUGAAAACACUCAAACUCCUUCAGGAAAACCUAGAAGAUCUACAAAUUCCAAUUAUACUGUUAGAUCAAUCUCUGGAAUCAAUAGGUAAUAUACUGAUAGUCCAGAAUUGUAAAGUAGAAAGGGAACUAACAGAAAAAAAUCAACUAGAACUGGAACAAAAGUAUCUAUAGCACCUUCUCAAUUUUAACCUUUUAGUGGAUUUGAUGUAAAUAUUUUUAAUAAAUAAAAGAAUCCUAUUGGAGCUGAAUUUGGAGAUAAUGAUUUUGAGAAAUUAUACUUAUUUGAAGUAUAUCUCCCCUAUAAUAAUUAUGAUAUUGUUAUUUACAAGUAAUUAUUUAUAAUAAUGAUUUUAGAUUUAAUUAAUACAAUAAAUAAAAAAGACUAAAGAAAUUAUCUAAAUACUUUUUAUCCUUUUAAUUAGCUGUAUAAAUUUAGAGAUUGAAAGCAAAGUAAUAGAUUAUUUAUUUAAAAAUUAGAUAAUGUAAAUAAUGA